AUGUCCAAAGAAAUGAACAACUUCACCUUUGGGAGAAUAUUCUUCCUCAUGGGGUUCUCCGAUAUUCGGGAGACCCAGAUCCUAUAUUCUGUGCUCUUUUUGCUAAUUUACCUGGUGGCACUGAUGGGGAAUCUUCUCAUCAUCACCCUCAUCAUCAAGGAUCAUCGGUUCCACACGCCCAUGUACUUUUUCCUAAAGAACUUAUCUUUCCUGGAUCUGUGUCUCAUUUCCGUCACUCUUCCUAAGUCCAUCAUAAACUCCCUGAUGAAUUGCAACACCAUUUCAUUCCUUGGAUGUGUGUGUCAGGUUUUUUUCUUUUUUCUCUUAGCCACUACAGAAAUAGCUCUUCUCACAGUCAUGUGCUAUGACCGCUAUGUUGCCAUCUGCCACCCACUCAAAUAUGAGGUCAUAAUGAGUCAUGAAGCCUGUGUGCAGAUGGCUGUCUCUUCAUGGGUCAGUGGAGGUCUCAAUGCAAUCCUGCACACAGCUUGCACCUUCUCUGUGCCCAUGUGUGGGUUUCCUGAGGUUCAUCAUUUCUUUUGUGAUAUCCCACAACUGCUCUCCCUUGCCUGUUCUUACAACACUGGUGAAUUGGUAAUCAUUGGGCUCAGCCUCGUGUUGGACUUUGGCUGCUUUGUGUUUAUUGACAUUUCUUACAUUCACAUAUUCUCCACUGUGCUCAGGAUGCCCUCCAAAGAAGGCAGGUCCAAAGCUUUCUCCACAUGCCUGCCUCAUCUCAUUGUUGUGACUUUAUUUUUCUCUUCAGGGUUUUUUGCCUAUUUACGCCCUCUGCCUAAAUCUCCAUCACCCUUGGAUUUGCUGGUUUCAGUGUUCUACACUGUGAUGCCACCCAUCAUGAAUCCCUUCAUCUAUAGCCUAAGAAAUAAGGAUAUGAAGAUGGCAUUCUGGGAACUACAAAUUAGUAGAUAG